CUAGUCUACUUCGCCACGUGCUCCAUCAUCUGUCAUGGGGUUACCUGUAACAUGGAAGGUGGAGUGAAGGGACUUAUAUGGUUCACUUUGGCUCACUUUGGCUCACUUUGACUCUCCAUCCCACAAAACUCCUGGAAUAUGGUGUCGACCUAUGCGUCACAUUAAUAUGAUCAGGGAUCCACGCAUGGUAGCAAUAAGCGAGUGGGGAGCCAAAAGCGGGUGGCACGGCUUAUGGUGGGGCAGCAGGCAACUACGAGAUACCACUUCAUACUUGAAACCUCUCACUACUCUCGCCGACUCUUACAAUUACAUUCUUGAAAAGCAUAGCGUACAUUCCAGAACUCGGUAUAAUGGCUCAGAAAAAAGCGGACUUCAUCAAAGUGCCCACCGGGCCAAGCGGCUUCCAAACAAUGCCCGUGGAGCCUGACAAACGCCUUCCUGACUCAGAGAUCAGUAUUCGAAUGUGUAAUGAGGGUGACGCCGAAAAGAUUGCAGAAGGACUUUACGUGUGCUUCCCAGAGGAUUGGUGGGCGGCGAAAGAGCCCCUCGAGCUCCGUCCACCUCAGCAAAUUACGCGCGUCCAGCGCCUAGCCAAGCGUCUACGUCCUUCCCUCACUACCCCGUAUAUGAAUUGGGUAAAAGCAGUUCUCACUUCCACUGGCGAGAUGGUCGGCGUCGCCGGGUGGCAGUUGCCCACCAACCCGGACGUUCACAACAUCUUCCGCCGUAGCGCAAUCGAGCACUACGGCUGGAAAGACUCCAUGGGCUGGACCGACGAGGAGAUUGAGGAGAUGUGGGCGCAUGUCAGUGAUGAGCAUUGGAACGUUUCGUUUGCAGCAGUUGAUGGGAUCCGGCGCGAAGUGAUGGGUGACGAAAAGCAUUGGUUUCUGGCGCCGCUGCUUACCUGGCCUGAGUACCAGGGACGGGGCGUGGGAAAAAGGCUGAUGAACUGGGCCAUGGAGCAGGCAGACGCCACAGAUCCAGUCACCCCAAUGUACUUGGAGAGUAGUCCAUCAGCUAGAGCGGUGUACAUGCAUUGUGGGUUUGUGCCGCAGGGGACUUACAAUUUCGUAAGGAGGGGUCCAGCAAUUGUAAAGGGAUUAGACACAGGCGAAGAAAACGUACAGAAGGAUAAGGAGAGUACGUAGAAAGAAAUACGUCGAAAGCAAAUGUUACAUUUCAAAGGACAUUCGCUAAGAGAUCUUAGAUAGACGUAAGAGUAAGGGAACUUCUGGUAUAGCUCAUGAGGAUGUUGAGUCUAUAGCGCCUAAAUACGCGCUCCCUAGCUGCAACUGUUAGGUAGGAUGCAUAAAUGGGCCGACAUAGCGUACAUGCAGAGCCUAGAAGGGGAGAGAUCGCCCUGCAAUUUUGGACGUUACACGGUGAAAUUGAAAAGCAUUAGUACAUUGCUUGUUUAUUGUUGCUCCUGCGAACGUGGUUUAUCAAUCGAAUAUGAUAGUACACUAUGCUAUACCUAGCCGGUUAUGGAGCCUUUUGUCCAAGGCAUUAAUAUCACAAGUAUUCAACCAG